AUGCGUCUCACGCGAGCCACGACGUUGGCGAUCCUUUUAUCCGCCUCAGGCGUGGCGGCGAUCGAUGCGUCGCCGAAAUACCUCCUCACGGACAUUCCCGCGGCGAAUCCGGACGUGGAAUCCGUGGUGGCGUUCCCCGAUCACGCCGAUCGAGCGUUUCCGGGCGGCGAACGCGUCAAGGUGCUGCUCGGGUUGCGCAACACCGGCAACGAUGCGGUGAACGUGACGCACUUGGCGGGGUCGUUGAACGUGCCAAAUAACUUUAACUUUUAUGUGACGAAUUUUACGGUGAGUUCGUUCGGGGACGCGGUGAUUAAACCGAAGAAGGAGGCGACGUUUGAGUACGAGUUCGCCAUCGAUCCGCAGUUCGCGGGGCACUCGUUGCAGUUGGCGUUGACCGCGUUUUAUGACGAAGCGGGUGUGGCGUACGCGACGACGUAUUUCAACAGCACCGUGCCGGUGUUAGACCCCAAGGUCGUGUUCGAUCGCGAGCUCGCGGUCAUCUAUUUGACGCUGGCUGGCGUGGCGUUUUUGUGCUUCGCGGGCGUCAUGAAGGCGGCGGGCUUGGGACACCUCGUGCCCUUCAUCGGCGAGGCCAAGCCGACGACGGGGGCGACGAAGAAGACAUACGUCAAAAAGGUUGAGAAGAAGGGAACUACAUCGGCGAGCGCGAGCGACUCUGAGCAAUGGCUCGAGGGCACGGCGUUCGCGCGCUCGUCGAGCAAAAAGGAGAAGAAGAAACAAAAGUGA